UUUGCCGCUUCUUCUUUGUCACUUACCAUUACUAUUGUUACUUGUGCCUUCACCUCUCUCUUUACCUUUACCACCUCCACUCCAUAUUAAACAACACAACACUAAAAGGACUACUGCUACUACUGUCUCCAACUGCAACAUUCAAACUAUUUUCCAUUUCUUCUUCCUCUCCUCUCUCUUCUUCAAUAUCAAUGUCUAUUCCUAUGCUUCGUUCUUCUUCUUCCUCUUCUGUUCCUUCACUUCCUCCUCCUUCUCCUAAGUCUCCUCCUGAAUAUCCUGAUUUGUAUGGCAAACGCCGUGAGAUGGCUAAGGUUCAGAUGCUUGAAAGAGAGAUAAGUUUUCUUGAGGAAGAAUUGAAAUCUGUGGAAGGCCUUCAACCAGCUUCAAAAUGCUGCAAAGAGCUUGCUGAUUAUGUGGUGGCAAAUUCAGAUCCUCUGUUACCUUCAAACAAGAAGAAUCGCCGGUCUUGUCGCUUCUGGAAGUGGCUCUGUCGAAUGCCAUGUUUUAAUCUGUCUUGGAUCUGCUGUUGCUGCUGUUGCUGUGAUGGAUUAUCUGUACAUCUAAAAUUGCCACAAUGCUGCUGCAGUGACUGUAAACCAUGCAGCUGCAGCAGUUGUUGCAGUUGCAGCAACUGUUUUCCAUCAUUCAGUAGUUGUUGCUCCUUACCUAAGUGGAGCUGUUGCUGUUGUUUCUCUUGUCCCAAAUCAUCCAAUUGCUGUAAACAUAGCUGUGGUUCGGGAAAUUGUUGUACUUUUCCAAGUAGUUGCAAUUUUGGGUGUCCAUCAUGCCCUUCUUUAUGCAGUUGCAAAUGCACCUGCACUUGUUCUUGCCCAACUUGUCCAAAGGUAAAGCCAGGCUGCUGUUGUACAGACUCAUGUUUUAAUCCUUCUUGUUUCUGUUGUUGCUAGCUACUAGUAUAUUCUAUUUUUUCCAAAGGAGAAAAAAUCUGAACCAGCUCUUGUUGUAAGUCUUCACAAAAUUCCAUUUAUAUUAGCUAGCUAGACCAGUAUAAAUUUUGGAAAAAUAAAUGUUUAUAAUUAACUAUGCAGUAUAUGGAUAGUGGAUACUUGAAGCAUUUGUAAGUUGUAAUGUAAUUUUUGGUAUCAUAAGUUCCAUUC